GUGAUUUGGCCGCGGACCCUGAGGUGCCAGGCCUAAGCCGCGCUAAAUUCGUCGACGGUGGCCGCUGCGGGUGCAGCCUUAAAGGCUAAUUCUAAGGAGUGAGGCAAGCUCGAGGAGUCCGUGCUUCCUCCCUCACUUCAGGUCGGCUCCUGUCACGUUUUCCCAUUCGCCUUUCCGGUCUCCCUAAGUGUCUGCAUGAGCUCUUCCGUGUGGGGAAGCUCCGGUGACCAUGUAGGGGGAAAAAGUGAGGAAGCUCCCGGUGCCUGGGACGAGGUCAGCUCUCGGCACGCCACCCCCGCGCCCACCACAGUUCCGGUGCGGGCUCAAGGGCCCAUCGGCCCUGGUGAAAAUUCCGGCCUCCAGUUGGGGCCCGGGCCGGACCCCCCACGAAAUCCCGCGUCGUCUCGCGAGAAUUUAAGUUAAAGGAACAUGGCGACGUCGAAUCUGUUAAAGAAUAAAGGUUCUCUUCAAUUUGAAGACAAAUGGGAUUUCAUGCGUCCUAUUGUUUUGAAGCUUUUACGCCAGGAAUCUGUUACAAAGCAACAAUGGUUUGAUCUGUUUUCGGAUGUACAUGCAGUCUGCCUCUGGGAUGACAAAGGUCCAGCAAAAAUUCAUCAGGCUUUAAAAGAAGAUAUUCUUGAGUUUAUUAAGCAAGCACAGGCACGAGUACUGAGCCAUCAAGAUGACACAGCUUUGCUAAAAGCAUAUAUUGUUGAGUGGCGAAAAUUCUUUACACAAUGUGAUAUUUUACCAAAACCUUUCUGUCAGCUAGAGAUUACUUUGAUGGGUAAACAGGGCAGCAAUAAAAAAUCAAAUGUGGAAGACAGUAUUGUUCGAAAGCUCAUGCUUGAUACAUGGAAUGAGUCAAUCUUUUCAAAUAUAAAAAACAGACUCCAAGAUAGUGCAAUGAAGCUGGUACAUGCUGAAAGAUUAGGAGAAGCUUUUGAUUCUCAGCUUGUCAUUGGUGUAAGAGAAUCCUAUGUAAACCUUUGUUCUAAUCUUGAGGAUAAGCUUCAGAUUUAUAGGGAUAAUUUUGAGAAGGCAUACUUGGAUUCGACAGAGAGAUUUUAUAGAACACAGGCACCCUCAUAUUUGCAACAAAAUGGUGUACAGAAUUAUAUGAAAUAUGCAGAUGCUAAAUUAAAAGAAGAAGAAAAACGAGCACUACGUUAUUUAGAAACACGACGAGAAUGUAACUCUGUUGAAGCACUCAUGGAAUGCUGUGUAAAUGCCCUGGUGACAUCCUUUAAAGAGACUAUCUUAGCAGAGUGCCAAGGCAUGAUCAAGCGAAAUGAAACUGAAAAAUUACAUUUAAUGUUUUCAUUGAUGGACAAAGUUCCUAAUGGGAUAGAGCCAAUGUUGAAAGACUUGGAAGAACAUAUCAUUAGUGCUGGCCUUGCAGAUAUGGUAGCAGCUGCUGAAACUAUUACUACUGAUUCUGAGAAAUAUGUUGAACAGUUACUUACACUAUUUAAUAGAUUUAGUAAACUGGUCAAAGAAGCUUUUCAAGAUGAUCCACGAUUUCUUACUGCAAGAGAUAAGGCAUAUAAAGCAGUUGUUAAUGAUGCUACUAUAUUUAAACUUGAAUUACCUUUGAAGCAGAAGGGGGUGGGAUUAAAAACACAACCUGAAUCAAAAUGCCCUGAGCUGCUUGCCAAUUACUGUGACAUGUUGCUAAGAAAAACACCAUUAAGCAAAAAACUAACUUCUGAAGAAAUUGAAGCAAAGCUUAAGGAAGUGCUGUUGGUGCUUAAAUAUGUACAAAACAAAGAUGUUUUUAUGAGAUAUCACAAAGCUCAUUUGACGCGACGACUUAUUUUAGACAUUUCUGCAGAUAGUGAAAUUGAAGAAAAUAUGGUAGAGUGGCUAAGAGAGGUUGGUAUGCCAGCAGAUUAUGUAAACAAGCUUGCUAGAAUGUUUCAAGACAUAAAAGUAUCUGAAGAUUUGAACCAAGCUUUUAAGGAAAUGCACAAAAAUAACAAGUUGGCUUUACCAGCUGACUCAGUGAAUAUAAAAAUUCUGAAUGCUGGUGCCUGGUCAAGAAGUUCUGAGAAAGUAUUUGUUUCACUUCCCACUGAAUUGGAGGAUCUGAUACCUGAAGUAGAAGAAUUCUACAAAAAAAAUCACAGUGGUAGAAAAUUACAUUGGCACCAUCUCAUGUCAAAUGGAAUUAUAACAUUUAAAAAUGAAGUAGGUCAAUAUGAUUUGGAGGUAACAACGUUUCAGUUGGCUGUGUUGUUUGCAUGGAACCAAAGACCCAGAGAGAAAAUCAGCUUUGAAAAUCUAAAACUUGCAACUGAACUCCCUGAUGCUGAGCUUAGACGGACUUUAUGGUCUUUAGUAGCUUUCCCAAAGCUCAAACGACAAGUUUUAUUGUAUGAACCUCAAGUCAACUCACCCAAAGACUUUACAGAAGGUACCCUCUUCUCUGUGAACCAGGAGUUCAGUUUAAUAAAAAAUGCAAAAGUUCAGAAAAGGGGUAAAAUAAACUUGAUUGGACGCUUGCAGCUCACUACAGAAAGGAUGAGAGAAGAAGAGAAUGAAGGAAUAGUUCAACUAAGAAUAUUAAGAACCCAGGAAGCUAUCAUACAAAUAAUGAAAAUGAGAAAGAAAAUUAGUAAUGCUCAGCUGCAGACUGAAUUAGUAGAAAUUUUGAAAAACAUGUUCUUACCACAAAAGAAAAUGAUAAAAGAGCAAAUAGAAUGGCUAAUAGAGCAUAAAUAUAUCAGAAGAGAUGAAUCCGAUAUCAACACUUUCAUAUAUAUGGCAUAAUUUUGACUAUCACGGACAAUAUCAAGAACCCACAUUUUGGAGUACUCGGGCAGAAAGUUGUAACAGUUUGUGCUUGAGAAAGGUUUAUUUGGACUUUAAUUACAUAAAUAUUAAAAUCUCUGCCUUACCUUACAAAACAACUGUAUUUUGCCAAUCACAUAAGUUAGCAUGAUGGCAUUCCCUUCAUGUUGCACACUCUUAACAGCAUGCUGUUUUGUGGAGAAACUUGCAUUCAUGAAGAGUCCAUUAUGAACUUUUAAAAGCGAAUUUGAUUUCUGCCCACCAGGAGAAAUACAGUUGGGAAAGGGGAUGGCAGGGUUUGUGUUGUUUUUUUCUCUUUUUUUCCUUUCUUAAAAAAUGUACUUGCACAAGAAAGGACCUUUAGAUAUUCAUACACUGAAAAAUGCUGUUAUCUUUUGUUUUUAAGAAUGCAAUUAGAACUAGACAUUGCACUCUUGGUUUCUUUUGAUCAAAAGAGUGAAUUGAUCUACAUAACAUGGGGAGAAAGCAGAUGUAGGUGAGAAGAUAAGUAUUUAAUAGCAUCAAAUUGUUCAAACAUGCUUCAGUAUGAUAACUGGAUUUUAAUUGUGACCUAAAAAUGGUAUUAAAUAUUUCCAAUUUAAAAUUGUUGGUUUUCUUUUAAGCAGGGUACUGCUGUUCUAGUUGUUUGCUGUUACAUGAUAAGGAGUCUUUUUGUUUUUGUUUUUUUUUUUUUAAAUCUCGUGGCUGGAGAAUUUGUUUUGAAAAACUGAAGCUAUAUUAAUUGUUGCUUCAGUUUAAAAAAUUUAUGAUACAGGUCAUUAUGAUUGCAGAGUCAAAAUAGCAAAAUGAAUAUAUUAAAUGUGUUUGUUAUUACAUUUAAUAGUUAUAUAUCUAAUAUUAUGCCAUAUCUAAAUUUGCUAAAAACUGCAGAAAUCUCCUGCUGUGAGGUAAUACAGUUAUGUAACUGAUCUCUUAAUCUGUAGCAUAAAAAUAUUUUGAUAUUUUAAAAACUCGUGAUUAGGGAUUAUAGCCUCAGGUUUCUGUAAGGGAAGACAUUCUCUUUUAAAAAGUAAUAAUAAAGUAUCAUUCACCUAGAAGAAAGAGGGAAACUACAGCAGAAAGUAACUAGAAAUGCAUAAGGAAAAUUGUUGCAAUCUUAAUAUGAGCAGUAAACUUGCCAAACACAUGUACAUAUAUAUUUAUAUAUUUUAAAAAUAAACAUUUUUAAAAUGUUCAGAAGGCAACACUUACCUUGUUCCUUUUAGUCAAUCCAAAGUAGCAACUUAAGAGUUGCUGGCAACUGAAUACCUAGAGUUAAAGAAGUGUUAGGAAUUGAAGACAUCAGCAGUUUAGAAGAGGAAACUCAUUCCCUAUUGAGAAAGAAUGGCUCAACAUGGAUUUUUUAUUCAUUGUGGUGCAUGUUUCCAGUUUUCUUGCAAAUCAUCACUUGUUUUGAUAUUAAGUAUUGUUUUUAAAAUAUGGUUUUGAGAUGGUAGGAAAUGGAUGCUGGAGCCCUGAAAAGCAUAAAGUAUUAUUUUAUUAGCUGAGUGCUUUCAGAAGCAUUUCUUGAAGUAUGUCCCCAAUGUCAAGAUGCUUUGUGAGCUGCCUGCUGAAAGGAAGGAAAGCAAAUUUAAAACAUUUAAGGUUUUGUUGGUUAUAGUCAAAUGCUUUUUGUGACACUCAUACGAAGAUGGGAUUUUGUUUCUAAAUUAGAAAUGUUACACUUCACCUUUAAGGUAGCAUUUGUCCUCAUAGUGUUCAGAAUUAAACUAAAAUUAGUGCUCAUUGUUUUUUCUAAUUAAAAUGACUGCUAAUGGAUAAAUUUGAAAUUUAGGAACAAAAUUUUAUAAUAAUAGUGGCCCUUAUAUUUAAAAGAUAGUUUGAUAUUGGUAUAUUUUCUAGUCCCAAUACAAGAAUGCCAAAGGAGAAAACAGUUGGGUAAAAUUAUCGGCCAGUUUUAAAAACUUAAGGUUUGUUGUAGUUUUAAACCAUCAUUUUUUGAGCACUUUUUUGGAAUUUCUAAUCUUUUUGGUCACUUAAUUUAAGAAUGGGAGCCAUGAUGUUUUGAUUUAUAAAGGCAAAUUUAAUGCAAAAGUGGGUAACUUAAUCCAUAGCAAAGUUUUCUGUUAAAUGUUAUAAAUUGUUUAAUAGCUAAUUAUGUCCUACUUGUACUCUGUGUGACAGAAUAGCAGCAAAUACUGUAGAAUUAUAAUUUUCAUCAUUUUUUCUUAUGUAUACAAAAAUUUAACUACUUUUUGGUGUUUUUGAAAACAACUUUGUUAAUAAGGUGCCUAUACCAUUGUUAAAUUUUCUUUAAAUAUGUUUAACUAUAGAUUUGCUAAUUAAAAAAAGAAGAAUCUGGAAAAAAAAAUCUUACCAGAAACUUGGUGAAGAUUACAGAAUCACAAUUUAGCAUCCUUUGUCAAAUUCCUUUCUCCAGUAUGCACUUAUAAUUAGUGCUAGGUGAGCAGGGAUGAAACCUGACAUGGUUAAUGGGACAGAGUCCAAGCAAAAAAAUAUGAUAUAUAUAUUUUUCACUAGUAGUAUGGCAACAGGAUGCUUCAGAGGUUAAUUUAAGCUUUGAAAACUCAUCUUCUAAUUUAAAGAUUGAGCCAUCUGGAUAUUGUUAACCUUUGUUGCCAGUGCCAGAAUAAGUAGAUGUGAAACAAAAUUUACAAAGUAAAAAAAAGAACAAUUUUAAUGCUUACAUUGAGAUAAAUAUUAAAACAUUAUUGUUCUAAUGAUGUAUUGAGGAUCUUGAAGUAAAUUCUGAAGUCUUCCAAUUUUUACAAUCAUUGAAGGGGGGGGGGGUCCCUGAGUUCUGUCAACCUGUUAAUUUAAAUUUCUUGCUCUUAUGUGAGGUUAAAAUUUCCAAAAUGAAUUGUUAACUUUCUUACUUUGACUUUUUAUUAAAUAUAAUACAAAAUAUGACCUGAGUAGUUAAAAAUAAUUUUGCAUUAUUUGCAGCAGGAAGUCAUUAGCCCUGCUAAAAGGGCAGAUUUUAAAAAUUCAAUUUGGAUGAAAGAUUGGCUUGUUUUACAGAAAGAUUUGCUAUCUAAAAUUCAAGCUGGUUUUCUAUUUUUGUGUAAAUGACUGGGAUGCUAUCUUAUAAAUUCUUCCAAGGUCAUGUUUGUGAAAUAAACAUAUGAGAGCUUUCCUGUCAUCUACACUAUAUGUCGUCUGGAGUGUUGAACAAAUUUGAGUUCCUAAGUUGUAAUCUAUCCUCGUAUGAUAUAUACGAUUUUGAAUGUGUGCCACUACAUACUGAUAUGAUAAUGCUGUACAAUUUUAAAUAGUAGCAGUUUCUGUAUGCAGUAGGCUGAAAUAUUUUGAUGAACUGCUUAAUUUUUGGAUUUUAUUUUUUAAGUUGUAUAAUUUAUUUUCUUGCAAAAUAAAAAUGUAAUAUAAAAGAUUUCACCUACCCAAGUAAUGU